AGGUCAUAUUUGGUUUGAAGUUGGAACUUGGAAGACGAUAGUGCGCCGUUUCCCGUUGCGCAGCAGAAGGAAAGCAAGCUGUGGGUGGGAAGACAAACCAUAGGGUUUCCAGAGCCGCUGCGACAGAUAGCCGGUCGCCGUCUUCGCGGGGGAAGCGCUUGAUGGGUUUCUGGGGUGUUGAGGUGAAACCGGGGAAAGGGGUCAGCCCUUAUGGUGCUGCUGCCAAUGCGCUAGGAAAGCUUCGCAUAACCCAGGCAACAUUAGGGGGUGGCUCAUCGAAUGAGAAGACCACACUGCAGUGUUUAACGGAAGAGAAGAAGAGACCUAUUUUCUUGUGUACUUUGUUGCCUGAUAGGAUCGAGUCCUGUUCCUUGGAUCUUGAAUUUGACGAGGAUGAUUCUGUGACUUUUUCUGUUCUUGGUUCACGGAGCAUCCAUAUUUCUGGUUACUUUCUGGAAGAAGAUGAAGCUGAUGCUGGAGAAGAUGAUUAUGGGUUCGAUCAUCUUGAGGAGGAUAUUUCCAGCAUGGGCUCAGAGGAGUCAUCUGACUAUAGUGGUGAUGACGCAUCUGAGAGUGAUCUCUAUUUUGAUAGUGAUGAUGAACGCUACAAUGUCGUCCCUAAGAGUGGAGUUGUGAUUGAGGAGAUAACCGAUGAGGAGAAGGCUGUGAAUGAAAAUUCUCAGUCAAAGCAAGAGAAGAAGAACAAACAAAAUGGCUCAGUGGAAAAUCUGCACCAAGGUCAAAUUGUUCCAAGGAACAGUGCUUCUGUCCCUGUUUUGGAAAGUGAAGAUGAAGAUGGCUUCCCAAUUUCAAAGACUGCCCCUGAGAAGAAGUCUGAAGAAGCAGCAAAGCAGGUCGAUAAUGAAACAACUGAGAAAGUUCAAAAGAAGAAGAAGCGAAACAUUAAGACUAUUGAGCAAGAUGAUCAAUCAGAUAGGCAGAAGAAGGGGAAGAAGCAGAAGAAACUUGAUAAAGAAGGAAAAAAUGAUAAAGAAACACACGACAGUGGGACUGCUACGGUCAUGGAGGAUCAGAAAGAGUUCAAUGAGGUCACAAAUGGGGAAGCGCAUCAAGUUUUGCCUCAGGAGCCCCCAAAUGAGAACAAUGAAAAUCAAGCUGAAAAGAAAAGAAAAAAGAAAAACAAGAAAUCACAAGAGUCAGGAGAUCAACAAGCUACAACUACGGGGAAGAAGAAUGAAUCAAAUUUAAUUGAAGAAAAGCCGUCUCAAGUGAGGACUUUCCCAAACGGCUUGGUCGUUGAGGAACUUGCAAUGGGCAAGCCUGACGGGAAAAGAGCUGCUCCUGGGAAGCGGGUCAGUGUACACUACAUCGGCAAGCUUCAGAAGAAUGGCGAGAUAUUCGACUCUAACGUGGGAAGAGCACCUUUCAAAUUCCGUCUAGGUAUAGGGCAAGUUAUAAAGGGGUGGGAUGUCGGAGUUAAUGGUAUGCGUGUCGGAGACAAGAGAAGGCUCGUGAUUCCACCUUCAAUGGGUUACGGGGUUAAAGGUGCUGGCGGAAAGAUCCCACCAAACUCGUGGCUUGUGUUCGACGUUGAGCUGGUUGAUGUCCGCUAAAUCUAUACUUGCCCUCUGCUCUAACAAGCAUUGGCUGAAAGUUUUGUGUCACAAGAAAAGUUGUUUGAAUGCUUCUCUCUCUAGUCUCUCCUACCAUAGCACAGGCUCUCACCAGAGUCGAGCUUACUUCACGUCAAGUAUUUGGCUCGACAAAUUAGAUAUUUUCUCAUUUUUCUUCACAGAAGAGUAAACCACAUUUCGGAAUCUCAUCUUGUUCAUCCAUUUGGGAAGACUAUUUGUUGUGAUCAAAGAUUUUAUGUUGUGCCUGCUGAUCUUUGUUUACAAUCUGAUACUAAUGUUCUUGUUGUUUCUCUA